AUGUCGUGCAGUGCAGAGGAACAGCGCAAAGGCGGCCGGAGGAGGCUGGCGCUGGUACCAGGUCAGUUUUGGCUGGAAGGGGUCCGCUCCUUCGAGGUCUUCCGCGGGAGCUCGACGGGCCCCUACGGCAGCGGCAACUUCGCUCCUGCCCAGCGGCACGGCCAGCAACGGGGCGGGCGGACACAGCCGGCUGUGCGAGGGGACAGCAGGCCGGGGGAACGCAGCCGGCAGUGCGGGUGUCAGCAGACGGCUCGGAGAGAGACAGCCGGGCGGAGCGGGGCAGGACAGCCGGGCGCGUCGGUGCUCCGGCGGUCUCAGAGCACCUUGGUCGUGGCAGAACACAACAAUGAAUCUCUCACGCCCAUUACCCUCAAUACCAUCACUGCGGCAAAGCGCCUGGGAGGGGAGGUUUCUUGUUUGGUGGCUGGUACCAGCUGUGACAAGGUAGCAUCAGAACUCAGCAAAGUGCAGGGUGUCGCAAAAGUUCUCGUGGCUCAGCAUGAUGUGUACAAGGGAUUUCUAGCAGAGGAGCUGACUCCCUUGAUUGUGGAAACUCAUAAAAAAUUUAAUUACACCCACAUUUGUGCUGGAGCAUCUGCCUUUGGGAAGAAUCUUAUUCCCAGAGUGGCUGGCAAACUUGAUGUUGCCCCUGUUUCUGACAUUAUUGAAAUUAAGUCACCAGAUACUUUUGUGAGAACUAUCUAUGCAGGAAAUAUUAUUUGUACUGUGCAGUGUGAUGAAGCAGUCAAAGUGUUUACUGUUCGGGGAACCUCAUUUGAGGCUGCACCAGCGAGUGGUGGUAGUGCCAGUGUAGAAAAGUUGACCCCUCCACCACCCGUCGGUAUCUCUGAAUGGAUUGAGCAGAAGCUGACAAAGAGCGAUCGACCGGAGCUCACCAGUGCAAAAGUGGUUGUAUCAGGGGGGAGGGGCUUGAAGAGUGGUGAAAAUUUUAAGUUGUUGUAUGACCUUGCGGAUCAAUUGCAUGCUGCAGUUGGAGCUUCCCGUGCAGCUGUUGAUGCUGGCUUUGUUCCUAAUGACAUGCAAGUUGGACAGACAGGCAAAAUAGUAGCACCAGAACUUUAUAUUGCUGUGGGAAUAUCUGGAGCAAUCCAACACUUGGCUGGAAUGAAAGACAGCAAGACCAUUGUUGCUAUUAACAAGGAUCCAGAAGCUCCAAUUUUCCAAGUGGCAGACUAUGGACUGGUAGCAGACUUAUUUCAGGCGGUGCCAGAGAUGACGAAGCUCCUGAAGAAGAAGUGAGUGCUGGUGCUGGGACCUGGUGGUGUGGAGUAAGGGCAAAUAAAGGAUUUUACUGGAAAGA